GCGUAUUGACCUUGAACAGUCUUUACUGUCAAUUAUUUCACAUUCGUAAAGGAUACUUUAACGGUUCCGAGACGAAUUUAUCUCACGGGCAUUUUACCCUUUACUUAUAAAAGCUCUAGGCACCUGUCACUUUGGAAAGUUGUCUAAUGGCGACCGGGACGAACUCGAUGGAUAUUAUUUUUCAACGUCUAUUAUCAAAAAAUUCGAUACUCACAGUUCUUCUUUAUGGAAUUUAAUAGAUCCAUAUUGAUUCAUACUUGUCACACUUGAUGGCACAUAAGAGAACAUACAAAGUAUAUUAAUUCACCACGUACUUCGAACAAUCACGUUUUCCGAAUUGUUCUUCGAGAAGUGUCAAAGUGUCUAAGAAAUUCUCAAAUUCUCAAGUGGCUUACGUAUCUACCUUCUCGAUUACAAAUAUUACGACUCCUGGAACUUUUCAGCCACUGCUCUGUUGACUGAUCACGGAAUUAUGAACGGCUUGUAAUUUUUCUUGUGAAGGACACCCACGAUUAACCUUAAAAGAUUCACCCCUCCGUCGAUUUGAAGAUUAUGAUUAAGUGAGGAUUACCAUAAAUUUACCAUGAUGAUGACUGAGUCUAAUGAAACUAGUACAAGUUCUGACUUUACAACAUUCUUAAAUCUGACCACAAUUGUACCAGACACUACCAGUGUGUUUUUGAAUUCUACUGAGAAUGUUACGGUGUCUUCCGAGCUUAAUCAGACCAUACAGUCUUCUUGGAAUGUAUCAAAACUCAUAAAUAACAUAACAGAUAUAAAGAAGACCAUUUUAGAAUUUACGCAAUCUACCACAGAAGUGCAUAUUAACACAACAAAAACAACUCGAUGUACAACGACUUCUACAGAAAAUCCUUUUGGCAAAUUCGAUCCUCCUGAGGGAAUUGAAUACAUCUUUGUACCACUAGGGGUGAUGGUCUUUGUGGUUAUCCUUUCUGCUGUAGUACUUAUAAUCUCCCGAAAGAGAAAGUUGGAGCAGCUACGUCAUAGAUUGAUGCCUCUAUACAAUUUUGAUCCUGAUGAAGAGGGAGAAGAUGACUGGGAGACUGAACUGCUUGAUGAAGGCUUUGAUAGUCGUCAACGACGGGGGUAUAGAUCCAUGGACACUGAGGAGAAUGCUGAACUCUUUGGAAGACACUGAUCACCCCUGACAAUCAUAAUAAGGAACCAAUCCAUUACCCAGGUUCCAUCCUGAUCUACGGUCUCUCCAUAAACUUCGGAGGAUUGACGUAUCAAAAUCGUGAGAAGAAAUUCAUAUUUUCGCUCUGAUAUAUUUCAAUAUUCUCAUUGAGAAGACGAUUGUUAUCCUGACGCAUUCCCAUAAGAUUUCUUUCACAAUUUUAAGAUUAAUAUCCGUAAGUCGCCCCCCCCCCUAUUACUAACUAUCCUUAGAUGUACGUACCAUAAACUGAUGCAACAGAUCAUUCAAUAAGUAUCAACUAACUAGAUCAAAUACAUUAUCGAAUAUGACAAAUAGACUUUUAGUGAUUAGAUUAGAAUAUUUUAAAAGACAAAGUAUAUAAAGAGAAAUCGAACGAAUCGCCACGUACAAUCAACCGCAAUCGUCUAUAUAACUUUUGUAUUGUGCUUAUUCCAACGAAAUUAGAUUGCACUAUCAUUAUUAUCGAUUAUCCGAACUUCGUGCUUUAAAAGACUGUACUAUACGUUAGUUUUCAACAGGAAAACGUAAUUAAUAAAAGCCAAAGUGUUCUAGUCCCGGUAGGAGAAGAAACCAAUAUAUCAGCACCGCAUUAAUUCCUUGAUUUUAUUAUAUCAAGCACGUCCUGAGAUUUCCCCAUUAAAAGAAAGUAGCACGUAUUACUUGUUAAGCAGUAAACAAUCACAGACCCGAUGCAAAUUUACGACCACUGAAAAAUUUAUAUCUUUUAUUGACGUCAAUUGUUACAGCCAUUUUCCAAAGUACGCUACAAUAUUUUUUAACGCAAUAAAACAAUUACUCUUCACGUUCCCUGUUAAACUGCACCUAUAAUAGGAAAUUGUUACCCUUAUAAAACGGUUCUAUACUCAAUCGAUUCAUUCCUAAGCUUUAAAAAACAUUAGAAAGGAGUGAUAUUACAUAGUUUUUUUUUUUUCGAAAAUUCUCACGCCUUAAUUUUACAGUUCAAAUUUUAAUACCUACCCCAGCAAUGUCGAAUCACAAAAUGCAGAAGUCCUGAGCCUGCUUACAGAAUAAAUUGUGAAAAUCAUCUGACAAACAUCAAACUGACACAUGGAAAUACUGUAGUUUGCGGAGAAGACAGAGUGCUAUCAAGCUAAGGAAACUAACAAUAUCCAAAGGCGUUAUACAUUCUGAGAAUAUCGUUAGGACUUUUCCCACUCAUAUUACUGCACGUUAUACAGUGAUGAGUAGAUAACGAUUCGUAUGGUGUGGAGUGACGCUAUGAUAGCUGGGUACGAUUACCCAAACUGUAGAUGAAAAGAAAUAUUUUAGAUUCUUUAAAAAAAAAAAAAGAAAUAUAACAUUUUUGCGUAAUACUUUCUAUUCUGCGCAAAAGGAACUGAUGUUCACGUGCUUAAUAUUCAUUAGAACCGAAGAAGAUACUCUGCAUCGGUGUCCCCGUAUUGCGUGCUUAGUCCAUUAUACAUAUAUAUUAGAUAUAUUUAUAUAGGAUCAUCCAGUUCAAGUGGACCAGUCAAAUUUAACAGUAGUCUCAUUAAUCUAAUAAAAAAUACGCCUAAGGGAUCUGUCAAAAAGUGAAGAAAGAUAAAACAGUCUUUAAACCUUAGACUUUUCGAGUUUUCUAUGCCCCUCAUGAGUGCAAGAGAGACAGCCUUAUGGUCAGCUGUAUGGGUAAGACGAGAACAUACGCACACAUUAACCCAAAUAUAUUUCCUCAGCAGAUGUAUCUGUCUUCCAAAUUGACUGUCGAUGCAAUUCUUAAAUAGCUCGAGAAAUUCUCCUGUUCUAAAUUUCAGAUAUUGACAGAUCUUAACAGCUGCUAAAUUUUGCUGGUACUUUUGGAAUGAAUUAUAGCUGUAAUGUAAUAUAUAGCUGUAUACCCAUAAGAAUAUUAUAAUGCUGAGCAAAAAUUUAUAAUUCACUCCUCGACACUCUACCAGAUCUCAAUUGAAAUUGUAUAAAAUUAGUGUGUAACAAUUGCAAAAACAGCUUUUACGUCGUGAUCAACGAAGAAAAAAAAUACAUUCCUGUAAUCCAUCAUUGAACAAUGGUGUAAAAUUGUACUUGUAUUAAAGAUGGCUGGGUCUUGUUAUCAAUUUACUUGUCAAUCGAAUAACGCAAAAAGAACAAAGAAUUUUUAUUGAAUUUAUUUAUUUAAUACAAAUUUGACAUUCA